ACUUUAUAUAAUCCUUGGUUCACCCUUUAUCCAUCACCACCUAAUUUUCCAUCAAAUUUCAAUCUCCAUCCAUCGAUCCCUCUCGAACCCGGCCCGAUGGCCUCCGACGCCGCCGCCGAGCCCUCCUCCGGCGUCACCCAGCCCCCGCGCUACGCCAUCGGUUACGCGCUCGCGCCGAAGAAGCAGCAGAGCUUUAUCCAGCCAUCGCUGGUGGCCCAGGCGGCGGCGCGCGGCAUGGACCUCGUCCCCGUGGAUGCGUCGCGGCCCCUGGCGGAGCAAGGGCCCUUCCACCUCCUCAUCCACAAGCUCUACGGGGACGACUGGCGCGCCCAGCUCGUGGCCUUCGCCGCGCGGCACCCGGCCGUCCCCGUCGUCGACCCGCCCCACGCCAUCGACCGCCUCCACAACCGCAUCUCCAUGCUCCAGGUCGUCUCCGAGCUCGACCACGCCGCCGACCAGGACAGCACCUUCGGCAUCCCCAGCCAGGUCGUCGUCUACGACGCCGCAGCGCUCGCCGACUCCGGGCUCCUUGCCGCGCUCCGCUUCCCGCUUAUCGCCAAGCCCCUCGUCGCCGACGGCACCGCCAAGUCCCACAAGAUGUCGCUCGUCUACCACCACGAGGGCCUCGCCAAGCUCCGCCCGCCGCUCGUGCUCCAGGAGUUCGUCAACCACGGCGGCGUCAUCUUCAAGGUCUACGUCGUCGGCGGCCACGUCACUUGCGUCAAGCGCCGCAGCCUGCCCGACGUGUCCCCCGAGGACGACGCAUCCGCCCAGGGAUCCGUCUCCUUCUCCCAGGUCUCCAACCUCCCUACUGAGCGCACGGCGGAGGAGUACUACGGCGAAAAGAGUCUCGAGGACGCCGUCAUGCCGCCCGCCGCAUUCAUCAACCAGAUCGCGGCCGGCCUCCGCCGCGCGCUGGGCCUGCAACUCUUCAACUUCGACAUGAUCCGGGACGUCCGCGCCGGCGACCGCUAUCUCGUCAUUGAUAUCAACUACUUCCCGGGCUAUGCCAAGAUGCCAGGGUACGAGACUGUCCUCACGGAUUUCUUCUGGGAGAUGGUCCAGAAGGACGGCGUGGACAACCAACAGGAGGAGAAAGGAGCCAACCAUGUUACCGUGAAAUAAGAUGAUGGCACUGGAUAUCUGGCGAAUGCUGCUGGUUCUGGAUGCAUAAUUCGAUAGAGGGGAUUUUAGUUGGAUUUCAACCGGCAGCAUGCGGAGGACCCUGCGCCCUGCUGUGUAAAUCCUUUCUCCUAACUCUUUCCAUACCAGUUAUUUAGGUAUCUUUCUGUUUUCCUGGGUAAGUCGCUUCAUCUAGUUUAGACUGUCUGGAACAAAAGAGAGGGACAUAACUCAAACCGGAAUUCGAAUGAAAAAUGAGCUCUCUAUCUGCAAUCAUUUUGUUCUUGAGCAAUGGAUGAAUGGCAAAUGCCGUAUCUCUUCAUGCAACUCAUUGAAUUCAGGUAGCUUCUGUUAUGGAAUCCAAUCGGCUCGUUCUUUUUUCAGUGCAUGAACCUAGAGAAAUGCAUCAGUAUCAUCCACUGAACAAAUGUUGCCCCCAACAGUGCUUAUCUCAAUCCUAGUGAUCCUGCAGUGGUGAUUGUGUUCUCAUUAUACAGUGCCUAUCACAAUAAAUUGUUGUUUCAUCUAACGGAAUGGGUGGUAGUUGAUGCAGUCAUCUUAUUUGCAUGUGAAGUAGAAGCUCUUUGUUAAGACACUGGAUUUAUCAUUGUCCACAAGGUUGAAUAUGUUCCACAAGAA